AUGGCGAUGGUGCUAAAAAGGUUCGUAACUCUUAUGCAAUUCGACGUAAUGAUGAAAUCAAAGGUUCCUGUAUUGCAAUAUCUUGUUACUGCAAUAAAUAGUGAAACGAUUUAUCGCAGACUUCCGCUUCAGAAACUUGUUGAUCAAUUUCCCUUCUUCCUCUACCUCAUAACUUCAUUUGAAUUCCCACAAAGCAAAAACAAUUUAAACAUCUUAAAGUAUUUUUAUGGCAUACCUGCAGUGCAACAACUGAUACUUAAACUCCAGGAAAGAAAAACAUAA